GAAUCUUUUGGAUCUUUUGGAUCUUUCUUCAACGGUUGCUGUAUUGCUGCAUGCUUAGACCACACCAGCAUAUCAUACUUUUACGGGUAGAUAGACGAUGCAUCUCUCGUUUUUGGUAGGAGCAGCGGCAGCGUUGGUUGGAGGAACGAUGAGCGAGAAGAAGAGUGACAAACCGUACGGUUCCUGGGAAUCCCCCAUUACCUCGAAAGCCAUUACGGCUGGCAGUGUGGGUCUCGGUGGGUUAAAGGUCGUAAUUGACGAUGAUGGUAAGGAGGACAAAGUGUUCUGGACCGAAAUGCGCCCUCAGGAAGGCGGUCGUUACGUGCUCUGUCAGUACGAUGAGUCGUCCGACAACAAAAAGAAGGACAUUUCGCCACCUGACUCGAACGUUCGCACACGAGUCCACGAAUACGGUGGUGGCGCCGUGACGUUUGGCGCCGACAAUCUCCUCUUUUUCUCGGAAUUCACCACGCAGCAACUCCACAAAUUGACUGUCACUACUAAAGACACUUGCUCCAGUAGUACUAGUAGUGAACCCAUGACGCCUACGGGAUAUCGAUUUGCCGAUGGGGUCUACGAUGCCACGAGGAAAACCAUCUUUAGUGUCCGCGAAGAUCAUUCCAACAAUCCUGCUCCCAAGGAUGUCGUCAAUGAAAUUGUGGCCAUUGAUACUACUACUACUACUACUACUGCUAGUAAGGACAGCAGCAACACGGUGACGGUCGUGGUUGCCACGGGAAAUGACUUUUUUGCCGCUCCACGGCUCUCCACUACCGAUGCGACCCAAAAGCUGGCCUAUAUUACCUGGAAUCAUCCCAACAUGCCGUGGGAUGCCACACAACUCAAAGUUGUCACACUCUCCUCUGCCUCCAGACAUAUUGUGAUGGAUGGCAUGGCCCACACGGAUUCCCACACUGUCAUUGCCGGAGUCGAUGGAGACACGUCCGUCUUGCAGCCAUUGUGGCAUCCUCACACGGGAGACUUGUUUUAUAUUUCCGAUGAAUCGGGAUUCUACAACAUUUACAAGGCUACGAUGCCGCAAGACUUUAGUACUACGCCUCCUGCUAGUGUCAAUGUCUUGCCCAUGGAGUUUGAUUUUGGAGGUGCCGCACCGGGAUGGUCGUUGGGACAACAGGGAUUCACAUUUCUACAAGACGGACGUUUGGUCGCCACUUACACGAAACAAGGAAUAUCCAUCUUGGUUGUCGCGAACGUCGCGGAACCAGGACCUGCCACACAGAUACAAGAAUUCAGUGCAGAAGAUUCCACAUUGCCACGGCAAUUCGGAGGUGUCGUGGCCGGUAGUGGUACCGCUUUGUAUUUCUUGGGAGGCAGUCCCAGUACCCCCACUUGUCUCUAUAAAUGGGAUCUUUCGGACGCACAACAACAACAACCACCUGUCCUGUUGGCAUCGUCUUCGUCGCUCCAAUUUCCCAGUAGUGUCAUUUCCACACCGCAACAAAUCACGUUUGCCACGACGUUGGGCAAUGCCUACGGCUAUUACUAUCCACCUACCAAUGGCAAUUACACGUGUACCACGGAAUCGGCACCACCAUUAUUGGUCAAGGCGCAUGGAGGACCCACGGCGUGUGCCAGUACCACCUUUAAUGCCGGCAUUCAGUAUUGGACAUCGAGAGGAUUUGCCGUGUUGGAUGUCGAUUAUGGCGGUAGUACGGGAUAUGGUCGCGAGUAUCGUCGUCGAUUGCGCAAAUCCUGGGGUAUUGUCGAUAUUGACGAUGUCUGUGCCGGAGCCAAACAUUUGGUAGAGCAACAAUUGGCCGACAAAGAACGAUUGUGCAUUGAUGGAGGCAGUGCCGGAGGAUACACCACAUUGGGGGCGUUGGCGUUUCGCAAUGAUGUAUUCAAAGCAGGCUGUUCCCUCUAUGGAGUGGGAGACCUCACGGCAUUGGCCGGAGACACGCACAAGUUCGAAUCGCGGUAUUUGGAUGGCCUCGUCGGACCAUAUCCGCAAGAUGAGGCCAUUUACAAGCAACGAUCGCCCAUUGAAAGUGUCGAUACCUUGUCGUGUCCCAUCUUGUUACUGCAGGGGAUGGAAGACAAGAUUGUACCGCCCAAUCAGGCCGAAACCAUGCACCAGGCACUGCUACAAAAAGGAAUCCCGACCUGUCUCAAAAUGUACGAGGGAGAACAACACGGGUUUCGCAAGGCGGAAAACAUUCAAGAUGCACUCGAUAGUGAAUUGGCGUUUUAUGGAAAAGUGUUUGGCUUUGACGUCCCGGGUGGCAUUGACUUGAAAAUUGAUAACAUGUAGUAAUCAUCAAUCAAGUUGGUGGUGGUACUUUACUGUGAUUCGAUUCGAUUCGAUUCGAUUCGAUUCAUGUGCACUGUUGCUUCUAUUGAGGAUUCCUUGUAAAGGCCUCGUCAAUACCCAACAGCACGCUUGUGGAAAGCUUUGUCAUUGCCAACAUGGGGGCGAUGAUGGCAACUAAGAAUUUCGAUGGACCAUCAUUCUGGCCUCGAUUGCCAACCCUUGAAACUGACCCGGGGCCAACACACAGGUGAGUUUGAAUGCUCCCUUGCUGAUGUGGAAACCUCUAUAGCUAGCUAGCUCAAUGGCAUAGAUCCACACUAUUUACAUAUAGCAGUUUCGGUCGAUCUUUG